AACAUGUCUUCACUCUAGUCUUCCCAUGCCAUUACAAAGUAUUUCCAUCACUUCGUUUAGGCAACAAAAAAAUCAGUCGCCUGUUCCUUUAAGACGGUCUCCAAAGUUUAGCGUAUGACGUCAACUUUGGCUUAUCCAUAACCCGAGGCGAUCCAGUGGCGGAGAAGGGAAUCUGAACGGCGGGAGAGACAGGUGAAUUUAAAACUGGACGUGAGCGCUUCAGUAUCAGGGGGGAGAUACACACAUUACAGGUGAGACGUUUUAAAAAGAGAUUAUGAAAACUGCUGUUGUCUUCCCCGAGUUAAAUAUAUUUUUAACAGGAAUGUGAAAUGGGAAUAGGAAGAUAAGCCUACUGUAUAGAAAAAAAACGGAAUAGUUCACAUUAAAAUAGGUGCAUUUAGCUAUAAUUCAAAAAGUCGUGUGAUAAUGAGAGUUUUAUAUUGUUUUAAGCAUGAAAAAACCUAUGUGUACUGUAAGAAAUAGGGCUUAACUUUGUCAAAUCAAUGAACUACCUCAAUGGCAGGGUGUCUUUUCUGUUGAAAAAUAAAAUAAUAUGCUGGAGAAUUGUAUGGCUACAUUGCUGUAGAAGUGUAGAAUUGUCUCUUUCACAGUUUUCUAUUUGCAUCAUCUUGGCAGGAAAUGCAUGUUCAGUGAUCGUCAUAUUUUUUUCUUCUUCAUUUGAAUGAACUGCUAGGGUUGAGCAAUGGACCAUGCACGAACAAUUUACAACACAUUUCUUUAGUCGUUUUCAUGGUUAUUUUCAUGAACAUUUUUUAAAUAUAUAUACAUAUUGCAUUGCGUAUGCCCUACUUAGUGGCUUAUUGCAUGAAAAGUCACUAAUUCCAUGGAAAUAUGCCAAAUGAAAUCAAUAUUAUUUAGCAUAUAAUAACCGAUUUAGUGCUUUCUGAGGUUCAUGUUAACUUUUGCAGUAAUGGGUUAUUUGGCACACUGCCUCUUUUGUGUUUUUAUUUCCACAGAGAAUCAUUGAAGAUGAACACAGAGGAAAAACAAGAGCUCAAGUCAUCACAAGAUGAAACGAUGGACGUUAGCAGCGCCGUGACAGAUGAGAGGCCACGGGCAGAGGAGGAGGAGAGAGGAGAAGGGGCAGGGGAGAGACAGGGAGAGGAAGAGGAGGCCCCAGGGAAGACCUCGGAGAGUGGAAUGGAGUGCUCAGAACCCACAGGAAACGAGGGAAUGACAGAUGGGGUUCCUGUGAAAACUGAGAAUGAAGAGUAUGACGACAAUGACGAUCAGUACCCCAAGAGUGAAGAAGAAGGUGAACGAGACAAUUACCUUUAUGAAGAAGAGGAAGAGGAGGAGAAGGAAAGGGAUGAGGAAGACGAAGGAGAAGGGGAGGGGGAAGGGGAGGAAGAGGGAGAAACCCUUAACGAACCACAGGACCUGUCUCUGGCAGAUUAUGUAAAGUAUGAGAGCACAGGCCCGCAGGACGCCCACACCGACUCCUCGCCGUACGCAGCAGAACCCCGCAGCCAGGCAGCAGGCAAGCUCAACUGUGACAUCUGUGGCCUGUCCUGCGUCAGCAUCAAUGUGCUGCUCGUGCACAAGCGAAGCCACACCGGUGAACGUCCGUUCCACUGCAGCCAGUGUGGCGCCUCCUUCACCCAGAAGGGAAACCUGCUUCGCCACAUCAAACUGCACUCCGGGGAGAAGCCCUUCAAGUGCCCGAUGUGCAGCUACGCCUGCCGCAGGCGAGACGCCCUCAGCGGACACCUGCGCACUCACUCAAUAGAGAAGCCCUACAAGUGCAACCACUGCGGUCGCAGUUACAAGCAGCGCAGCUCCCUUGAAGAGCACAGAGAGAGGUGCCAUGUGUAUAUCCAGAACAAAGGCAACGCUGAGAGAGCCGGUGAGGACACCCACGUGUCCAGGACUACUCACAUGGGCACGGAGCGCGCUCUGCUACUGGACAGAUUGGCGAGCAACGUGGCCAAACGCAAGAGCUCUAUGCCACAGAAGUUCACUGGGGACAACGGCGUGUGUCUGGACCUGAGCUUCAACAGGGAGCUGAUCCACCGCUCUGACGUCAUGGACCCUCCGCUCACCUCCCCAGGAUCCGAGAACCACCACAGCCACCAGCCCCUCUACACAGGCCAGGACCGUGACUCUGCUUCCCCCCACAGGGCCUACCCCAUCCCCCUGAGCCGCGCUGACAUGAGCCCCCUGGCCCUCACCAAUGGUCACAAGCUGGAGCAGCAGCAGAGCACUGGUCUCGCCUACCUGCCCCGGCCCAGCCAGGGCCACCCUAGCAUGGACACACUCCACGCCGAUCGGGCCCAGCUCUCCCAGCCUCUCAUCUACAGCCUGGGGCACCUGCUGGGGCCCAGUCCUCACAACAGCCUCCCACGCCCCCAUAGCCAGGCUCACGCGCUCCCCAUGCCCCCCAUCGAGGCUCUGAGGGUGGUAAGGAGCGAGGGGGAGGUAGGGGUUGGGGUAGGUACAGGAGCGGGGGCGGUGUACCCCUGCGGUCACUGCAGGGUGUGGUUUCUGGACUACGUCAUGUUCACCAUCCACAUGGGCUGCCAUGGCUUCCGUGACCCACUGGAGUGCAAUGUAUGUGGCCACCGCAGCCGGGACCGUUAUGAGUUCUCCUCACACAUUGCGCGCGGCGAGCACCGCCUGGAGUUGAAGUAGUAUAGACACAUUUGCACGUGAACACACACAUACACCCAUACAUGUAGUCAGACUCCUAAACGGAAUAAUGCAUACAUACACAUUUAUACACUUACACACAUGAAUUGUGUACAAACAUUACAUACACACAAAAAUGAUCUCAGGGACUUUCCUUUUUGUUUUUAAUUAGCACCAGUGUUACCACACACACACACACACACACACACACACACACAAGGAAAUGUAGCAUUUCAGUAAAGUAGCAUUUAAAAUGUUUUAUAGAGGAUAAUCAUGCUUGACUCAAGUGCCAACAUUUAUUUAUGACAAAUAACAGUGUCAAAAGUAAAAGAAAUCAGGAUUAUCUGAAAGAUAACUAUUGAUCAAAUGAUUAUCUAUGUUUUAUGUUUUAUAUGGGACUACAUUUUAUUCUACUUCACUAAGCCGCGGAAUAACUUUUCUACAGAAAUAUAUGUGUUCCUUCAUUUUAUUUUUGGUGACUAUUCAACAGAAUUGUCAAUAUAAAGGGGGUAAUUGGCAGUCAAUAUUUGGCAUUACCUUUGCCGUGCCUGCUGCUUUUAGGUUGGGAUAUACUACAGUGUGUCCAAAUAUCCUCUGUAUGUACAGCAGUAGCAGUAGGACAUAGUACUGAGUACAUUUUACGUUCACUGUAAGCUGACUGACAGACUCUGCUGUACAUUUUGUUUUCCUUGUAAACUACUGAGGUUCAAAAAUAAAAACAAGUUCAUUCAAGCUAA